UGCGCAACCCGGCCCCGGAAGCGGCGCCCCUGGAUAAGAGCCGGGGCGACCCCGCGCGCGGCCUUUUCCGCUGCCGGAGCCAAGGGAGCCGCCAUCAUGACGGACUGGGAGAGUGCCCCCGCCGUGGCCGAGACCCCCGAUAUCAAGCUGUUCGGCAAGUGGAGCACGGACGACGUGCAGAUCAGCGACAUCUCCCUGCAGGACUACAUUGCAGUGAAAGAGAAGUAUGCCAAGUACCUGCCCCACAGCGCUGGGCGGUACGCGGCCAAGCGUUUCCGCAAGGCCCAGUGCCCCAUCGUGGAGCGGCUCACCAACUCCAUGAUGAUGCACGGGCGCAACAAUGGCAAGAAGCUGAUGACUGUGCGCAUCGUCAAGCACGCCUUCGAGAUCAUCCACCUGCUCACUGGCGAGAACCCUCUGCAGGUCUUGGUGAACGCCAUCAUCAAUAGUGGCCCCAGGGAGGAUUCGACCCGUAUUGGCCGUGCUGGUACUGUCAGGAGACAAGCUGUGGAUGUGUCCCCCCUGCGCCGGGUCAACCAGGCUAUCUGGCUGCUGUGCACUGGGGCUCGUGAAGCCGCCUUCCGCAACAUCAAGACCAUUGCUGAGUGCCUGGCUGAUGAGCUCAUCAAUGCUGCCAAGGGCUCCUCUAACUCGUAUGCCAUCAAGAAGAAGGAUGAAUUGGAACGUGUGGCCAAGUCCAACCGUUAGAGAUGCUGCAGUCACUUCAAUAAAGUUGGUUCUAUUUACAA